AUGAUCGCCGCGAUGGGCUUGAUAUCGAAUAGCUCCGUGGCCGUCGUCGCAUCGAUGCUGGUGUCCCCUCUAAUGGGUCCAAUCCUCGGCAUUGCCUUCGCGACCAUCGUUCACGAUUGGCAGCUCCUUCGAAAGUCGCUCAAAUCGGAGCUCAUCGGCAUCGGCAUCUGUUUUGUCUGUGGGUUCAUCAUCGGUGCGUUGGGAUCACCGCUCGCGUUGCAAACCCGCGGGAAUAUCUGGCCUGGCUGGCCGACGGCGGAGAUGGUGAAUCGUGGAGAUGCGUACAAUCUGAUUAUCGGGUUUUUAAUCGCGUUGCCUUCGGGAGUCGGCGUGGCUCUCGCGAUUUCGGGGCGAAAUACGUCCUCGCUGGUGGGCGUUGCGAUCUCUGCGUCGUUGCUUCCGCCGUGUGUGAACGCUGGAGUUCUGUGGGCUUAUUCGUUCUUUGGAUGGAUUGGAAACAACUUCCCCGAGGGAGUGAAAUGGAGCGAUUUGGCGUAUCUUGGGCUGAUCAGCUUUUGCUUGUGUUUGGUGAAUAUUGUGUAG